GAGAAAUUUCCCAUACCUGAGGAUUCACACACGGUUAACCCAAAAUUUGAAUGCUUUCGUCGGAUACUACCUCAGGUCAUCGCAGCUGCUGCUCCCAUUCUGAUGUAUUUAACGGUAGGAAUUAUAGGCGCCUUUCCUACUAUUCUCAUCCCAGCUUUGACUGCUAAAAACACCGAAAGCGUACUUCACUUAACGAUCGACCAGGCUUCGUGGUUUGGCAGUGCAAAUUACAUUUUUCGAUCAGUCGGGUGUCUAGUGGCAGGAAUUGGCCCUCGAACUUGGGGAUGGCGGAAAUUGAUAAUGCUCGCUAGUCUUCUGCAGGCGGGAUGUUGGUUGUUAAUCUAUCUUGCUCCGUCAACUCACACGCUAUUUAUUUCUCAAUCGUUAUUGGGCAUCGUUUCAGGACUAAUAGAAUCUUUGUCAUCUCAAUACAUGGCGGAAAUCUGUGAGCCCUCCGUUAGAGGAACUCUUCUGGCUUUAAUCGCUUUAGCGGUCACUAUGGGAUACUUCAUCGUGUUUUCUCUCGACUAUGUGACAGAGUGGCAAAACAUUGCAGCCAUAAAUGUAUCAUUACCUCUUCUAUGUAUUGUCUUAGUAACACAGAUUCCGGAUAGUCCCAUAUGGUUAUUGUCCCAAGGCCGCCCAACACAUGCUCUUAAAUCUCUUCAGUGGCUCCGAGGUUGGACAUCCGCCGAACUGGUCCAGGAGGAAUUUGAAAAAAUGGAGGCUCACUAUAAAAAAAGUACUGAGCAAUCUCUUCGGAGUAAGAUGGCAGUCGAAUACGAGUACGAGCUGUGUCCAACCACUGACAAGAUGAGGUUGGGCACGAGCGAAAAACAAUGGAGUCGGAAAGCAAUCUUCUCAUCAGCAGCAAAUUUGUACAGGGAUGUGUUUCGAGAGGAGAUGCUCAGACCGUUUCUAAAAUGCCUCAGUCUCUUUGCCAUCGUGGCCUUCAGUGGUCUGCCUUGUCUCACGACGUACAUGAAGAAAAUAUUUCAAGACCUCGAUUUGUCUAUUAAUAGCAAUCAAAGCAUUAUGUUGGUAACUUGUGGUGCAUUGGUAGGAAACUGUGGUUGUGCGCUUCUUGUACAUAGAGUUAACAAGAAGCCUAUGCUAGAGUUUUCAUUGAUUUGUUGCGCAAUUUGCCUUGUUCAAACUGCCCUCUUCCUCAUGGGAUACAUGCCAGGACCCAGGGAUUCAAUAGCUUAUCGCUGGAGUUCCGUGGUACUCAUAUCGGCGUAUUACCUCUUCGCCAACUUAGGAUUGCUCCCGAUAUCUAGAGCAUACUUUGGAGAAAUUCUUCCUCACAGGGGCCGCGAGGUUGCAGCUAGUGUGCUUACCAGUAUCUUUUCCUGGUUCAUGGUUAUUUCCGUGAAGACGUUUCCAGCCUUGACGCAAGCAUUGAGACUCGAAGGAGCCCUGCUGAUCUUUGCUGCAGUCUGCAUUGGUGGCGUGUUUUUCUCGAUGUCACUGCCCGAAACGGAGGGCAAGCAUUUGCAAGAUAUCGAGGCAGAAGUUACACAGAGGGUAUCGAUUAAUGGAAGCAAACCUGAAACUACCAAAGCCUACUCAUGCUGAGAGGAAAAGAAACUGAUCUGAAUUGAUCAAUCUUUCGCAAAGCUUCUUAACUUGCACACACUUUGAACACACAAUUUUAUGAAUACUUUGAAUUCAUUUUGUAUAAAAUUAGUCGAGUUAAGACUAAGAAAGAAACCGAACACGGAAUUUGGCCUGGAAGUGCCGCAGAGAGCAA